CCCGGUGGGGCGGGUCUUAGAACCUGGGAAUCACCCCACCAGGGCCCCUCGCCCAGGAAGUGGAGGGGACCAGGGAGGAGCGAGGGAGCGGGCGGCGCACGGCCUAGUUAGCUUUCCUCCCCCACUCCUGCCCGCCCCCUCGUCGCCGGCCGGGUUGGGCCUCCCGUCCAAGCCCGCAAGGGUUAAAGGCGGCCGCAGGUGAGGUGGGCGGGGCCGCUAGUUCGGAGGGGAAAAAGCAGCGCUGGGGAGAGGAUGAAGGCAGAGUUCGCGGGUGAGUCAAGGGCGGAGCUGGCCUCGCUCGCUUGCUCGCUUGCUCGCUUGCUCCUGCCCGCCUUCGGUCCUCCGCCCUCUCGCUGGCGCUCACCUCCUCCACCGCCCGCCGCCCGCCACCAGCCGCUUGCCGCCUGCCGCCCGCUGCGGGGUCUGGCUCGCCCUCGGCUCCUGCCCCCAGCCCCUGGAGAGCUCGCCGGCGCCCAGAGCCCACGAGCGCCCGUCUGUAGCGCACCAGCCAGCUGUGCCCGGAGCCCGCGCGCAGCCUCGAGGUCCUGUCUGAGGUGCCCCUGACCGUCCCUGCCUUCACCGCACCCCGGAUCCCGGCAAUGCUAACCGCUGUCUGCGGCUCUCUGGGCAGCCAGCACACGGAAGCGCCGCACGCCUCCCCACCGCGCCUCGACCUGCAGCCUCUCCAAACUUACCAGGGCCACACAAGCCCUGAGGCCGGGGACUACCCCUCCCCGCUGCAGCCUGGAGAGCUGCAGAGCCUCCCGCUGGGCCCGGAGGUGGACUUCUCGCAGGGCUAUGAGCUGCCAGGGGCCUCCUCGCGGGUAACCUGCGAGGACCUGGAAAGCGACAGUCCCUUGGCCCCGGGCCCCUUUUCCAAGCUCCUGCAGCCGGACAUGUCACACCAUUAUGAAUCGUGGUUCAGGCCGACUCACCCAGGCGCGGAGGAUGGCUCGUGGUGGGACCUUCAUCCGGGCACCAGUUGGAUGGACCUCCCCCACACUCAGGGAGCGCUGACCUCACCUGGCCACCCCGGGGCGCUUCAGGCGGGCUUGGGGGGCUACGUCGGAGACCACCAGCUUUGUGCUCCGACACCCCACCCGCAUUCGCACCACCUCCUUCCAGCUGCCGGAGGGCAGCAUCUCCUAGGGCCGCCCGAUGGGGCCAAGGCCUUGGAAGCAGCCGCCCCGGAGUCCCAAGGGCUGGAUUCCAGCCUAGACGGGGCAGCACGCCCCAAAGGCUCCCGGCGGUCGGUGCCCCGGAGCUCAGGCCAGACCGUCUGUCGCUGCCCCAACUGUCUGGAGGCGGAGCGACUGGGGGCUCCAUGUGGGCCUGAUGGGGGCAAGAAGAAGCAUUUGCACAACUGUCACAUCCCGGGCUGCGGGAAAGCCUACGCCAAGACGUCGCAUCUGAAGGCGCACCUGCGCUGGCACAGCGGCGACCGUCCCUUCGUGUGCAACUGGCUUUUCUGCGGCAAACGCUUCACGCGCUCGGACGAGCUGCAGCGCCACCUCCAGACCCACACCGGCACCAAGAAGUUCCCCUGUGCAGUCUGCAGCCGCGUCUUCAUGCGCAGCGACCACCUGGCCAAGCACAUGAAAACCCACGAGGGCGCCAAGGAGGAGGCUGCCGGGGCGGCCCCGGGAGAGGGCAAGGCCGGCGGCACAGUGGAGCCCCCCGGGGGCAAAGGCAAACGCGAGGCCGAGGGCAGCGCCGCACCCUCCAACUGAGCUCCUCGGUGCCGCCUCCGGGGGGAGCUGGAUGCGAGCCGCCAGGUCUGAGGUCCUUGGGGGUGGCUUGAGGAAGAGGGGAAGGUGCGUAUUUAUUCGGUGGGGAGGAAAAGUGGUGCAGGGACAGGGAGAUGGGGCGCUAGGGGUUUUUAGUCUCUGGGGCUACUAGGCAGGAUGCAUUUGACUGGGCCGGUAGGAGCUGUGCAUGCCGCUAAGGUCUCCCCUGCCUCACGGUUUCCCUUGCCCCUGGGCUGGGGGUUUGGCGUGGGACACCCGUACUGCGGCUGGCGGGGACAGGCUAGAGGAGACAGCAAGUCGCAGUUCCCACCCCGAGCGUAGAGAAGUGCGGCCAGCCCGGGGGGCUGGGGGUGGCUGUCUGGACACGUCCUUAGUGCCUGGGAACCAGGACAUAAAAGCGCCUCCGGAGCCGCCCUGCGGCGAGGUCCCUUUCAUCCCACUUACAAGUGCUUCUGCCCCUAGGGUUUCCGGAGGGAGAGACGAGACAGAAUGGGGGAGCCUGGGGGUCUCCCUUGGCAGGGGUGUCUCUCUGAUUUGGAAGGUUGUUCCUGUAAAAAUAACUCCUUGAUGAGCUUCCUUAUUAACCCUUCCAGACUCAGUCUAAUGGAGCCACGAAGGAAGAGGGGAAGAGGGCUGGCAUUCCUGACACCUUCCCAGCGGGGGCUGUGCGAUAAAGAACAGAGUUAGAUGUGGGGGGUGAGUAGGGAAGUCCCCUUCUAAAAUAAGAGAUAGGGGGAUGGAAGAAACUAACCCCUUCCCUCUCCAACUCUAAUUCAGCCCUUAAUUCUUGGUCUUUAUGAGAAAGUUGAGUAGUCAUGUUCCCCAUCUUUUACCCUAGGUGUAUUUUCAAGGCAGCUAGCCUUAGAAUCCGUGUAGUUCCUUACCCUAGGUUCCCACUAGUUGCCUUCUUCUCGAGGACGGAAGGAAGAGGGUUUCUUGGGCUGGUUGGGGGCAGACUGGGGGUGUCUCAGCAGAGGAACCUCCACUGGUUCCCACUCAGGGUGGAGGCCUGCGGCCUGUCUGACCAUCUCUUUGGCGUCACUAAGAAACUAAGCCCCACUGUCUCUCUAGCUUGGCCCUGGCUUUCCCUUGCCCCUGCCCUAGCAUGUUCAUUAGGGGAUUCCCCCCCCCUUCCCCCGCUCAUCUCACAGGGGCAGGGAGAAGAAAGUUGCUCUCCCACUGGAAGGGGUUCUGCCUUUUGAGGUGACAUCCAGGAAGCUGUCCCCAUUUCCUUCUCCUUUAGAUGCUAGAAAUACGUUUUGAUUCUGAUCAUGGGAUUGGGGAGAAAGGAAGGAACGGAGGGAGGGAGGGGAGAAGUCCAGCAGAGGCUAAGCCAGGCAGAAGGGAAAGAAGCUGAUAUGAGGAAGGGUCUGACAGGCCACAGGCCCCUGCAGCCAGAGGCUUUCCCAGGUUGGAGAGGGGCCUUAGAGUCCCUCUGACACCCCUCUCCCUCCCCCUUGCUCCCUUUCUUCACCCAGAGGCCUCUGCGGAGAUUAGCUGUGUAUUGAUUUUUAAGUUAUAAGCAAAGGGUAUUUUAUUUAAUAUUAGGUUAUGUGUGUGCAUGCUGUGUGUACCUGUGUGCAUGUGUGAGUUUCUCUACUGAGCCUGGGGUCUCCAGCCAGGGAGACCCCAUCUUAUUCACCCCAUCCAAGAUCCUGGGAUCUGGACCCAGCACCUCCUUCCUCCCUUGAAGAUGCUGGAGCCCAGUCCAAGGUCUGGGAGCUAUAUGGGAAGUGGGAGCUGGGAUCUGGGUGGGAAUAUGUGUUUGUAUACAAAGGGGUCCUCCUUAAAGGGACAGGGUGACCUUCCUGAGAGACUCAUUGGCCUGGGGUAGUUUAAGAAGUAAUGUUCUUCCUUUUUCCUCUUUUCCCUACCUCCUGCUAACCCAACUACAGAUCCCCUUCCUUGCUGGGAGGAUUAGGGGCAGGAGGAGAGUUGGCACUGCCUGCAAGUUCCUGGCCAGGCGGAGAGGGGGAGAGAUGAAGGGCACUGUGGGUGUGGGAUGCCUUUCUCCUCCACCCAUCGAAACCAGCCACCCCCUCCCUGUGCCACUGAGACAGCCUUUUCCAGUGGCCAUCCUAAGGGGAACUCCUAAAUGGGUGUUGGUGGUGGUAGGGGACACAGAUGCUCCCCCCAAUGGAAGCCCCAGGCUCUGAGGUAUGGGGGUGGAGGCUUUGGAUAGGUUUUCUUCUGCUCCCCUCUUUUAUAGAUCUAGGCUGCUUGGCUGCCUGUCUUUCUAGGCAGCCCCCCUAGAGGAAAAAUGUAGGAAUUUAUUUUUUCUUUAACUGCUGUGAACUCACUUUGAGGGGGUAGGAGGAGGGAAAAACAGCCUGUGUUUUUUAUGCAAUAAAGUCAUCAACUACAUCA